AGCUAUGUGUACAUAUUUGCUGUUGCACUCAUUCAGUUUUCGACUGUGCAACGAGACGCUUGUUCAGCCAAUAAAGCGGUUUGUCGGCAUCGGCAUCGGCCAACUCAAAUUUCGUCGCGACAGCUUAGCCUCCAGCACCGAAACCGAAAUCAAAGUCAAGCGAAACUCCUGUCAAAAGGGAGUUUGAUUGUUUAUUGUUUAUAUGCGCUUUGGGUUUACGAGUCGUGAUUAUAAACAAACCCAAUUAUGCUUAAUCGCCUCAUUUUGCUUACUAAGAACUGGACACAAAAAAAAAAAAAAACAAAUCAAGUUAUUGUACAUAUAAAUACAAAAUUAUUCAUUUGAUAUUCGGCUUACAGUUCAGUAUCAUUGAAAAAAUAAAAUAUUUGGGAAUCAAAUAACUCGAUUCUCUUAAGGUUGCCGCAAUUUGAUAUUAAUUCAAAACAACACAGUGAAGCUGAAAUUGAAAUGAUCUUUGAAGUUUCCAUUACGUACCAGAAACUUAAUCCACAAACACUUUCUUAUAUGCAACUCAUCAGCUCCUGAAAACGCUGACGUGGCAAAUUUGCUGCGACUGUUAAUUGGGUUGCCGCUUAUGUAGUGUACAAAAUGUGAUUAGGAGCGCAGCGAAAAAUCAAAAUUGUCCAGCACGGUUACCAGUAAGCCUCAACAGCCAUUAUCUGAAAACUGACAACGUUUGGUGAAUCUAAUGUAUACAAUAAUCAAAUGUUAUAAACAAUUAAUAUAUGCUAUAAAAGGCAAAGCAUGGAGAACCGUGGGCACAGUUGUCAGGGCGACUUGGCCGCAGACGAAUCUCAUUCUCAUUUUGGGUCUGAAUUGGAGGCUUGUGUGGCUCAGGAAAUAAAUAACACGGAACUGGCCAACAAAGACUCCGAGUCCGACGUGGAUUGCACAGAGCCAACUGAAGAUAUAAAUCACAAGGAUACAGAACCACAUAAUGAGUAUAGGCGAGAUGAUCAAGAGUUGAAUUCUGCACAGAAAUCUAAGCAACGCGAGGACAGGCCACUCGUCUUGGAAGAAAGGCAUUCGCUUUCUAUAGCUGAAACAAAGAAGCGCCGUGCCAGAGUCCACUCCAAUGCGCAUUUGUUUAUACCCAAGGAGUUGGCUCGCAGUCAACUAAAUCGGCGUAGUUAUUGCUCAUCUGUGAACACUCUGGAUGGAAUUAGCAGGAACAGCGACUACUGCAUUCGAAUGCUUAAAUUUCCCGUUGGAUCGGGCCGUGCACGUUACGUUGCAGAGCAAAUGAAGAGGAGAAAGAGCAGAAAAUCACAGAAGUUGCAAUUGGAGGAGGAAAAGGAAGCAACAAAUGACAUGGGAUGCAUUAAAAGUGAACUAAAUGCCCAGUCGUUGCUAGAAUGCAAUGCUGCGACUGAACAAUUUGAUGAAAUAUUGGCAUCGAGUAGGUCCAGUGUGGAGACAGAGAAUCCGCACCUAAAUCGACUGGAAAACGGUAACGAUUGUUUCAUUGCACUCGAGGAUACCACUGAUGAAACUGAGAAUGAAGAGGAUGGUACGGAAGAGCUGAUUGAGCGCUUAUCCAAGCGCCAGUUGAAGAGAGAUGCGCGUUUGCAGUUGAAGCUGAAGGACAAUAAGCAACAGGAGCAGCUACAUUAUCAAUGCUUUCGUUGGCAUAAUCCCAGCUGCAAUGAUAAGGAGACUAAAAUGAGUGCUUUGAAGGACUUGGAGCGUAUCGGCUCGUCGGCCAAUUUUGAAGUUCAAGAGGACUUUAAUGAUGUAGUAGCAACAGCAGAUAAUGAAGAGCAUCAGCAGCAACCACAACAAGUGACAGAAUUACUUGAAUUAUCAGACGAGUCUGUAAAUAAAUUACCGGAAUUCCUGCCUGAUGUGAGAGUAACAACACAAAGAGAGAAACAACUGCAACUGCAAGAGCACAUAUCAAAUGAAUUAUCAGACAAGCCUGAACAUAAAUUGGACAAAUUCCUGCCAGAUAUUAGAGUAGCAACUCAACACCAAGAAGAUGAACAGCAGCAGCAACAUAACAAGUCUAUUCAGGCUGUUAGCAUACCGAGAUCAGAGCAUCUUCAACAGCAACAACAACUCAUUACUGAUGUGCCACCAACAACUAUCAACAACUAUCGUACAUUUGAGGCGCAACCUGCAGACUUGACAAUGCGACGACUUUGUUUGCAGCCAAUAGACACUAGGGACAUGUUGCAGCUACACAGCGCCAACACCAAUGCUGGCAAUAAUGUUCUCAACGAACACUUGCAACAGCCUUUCGUGGAGCCAUCGGAUUUGAUGCAGCCAUGGCGGAUGCAGCAAUACGAAAGGCUCGUGUAUCGGCCACCUGCACCACAGCAACAGUUGUCACUUGCCAUACAGCAGCAGCAACAGGUACUAAUGCGAGAGCAACAACUUCAAUCGAUUUAUCAAGAGCAUCAAUGGGACGAAUGUCGAGAGGAACUGCAAAAUCUCAACGCACAGUAUAAGACAUUAAAAUAUAAGGAAGCUGAGCAGCUGCAGGGCUUAAGCAAAUCACUCAGUGAGCUCUAUGACAAUCGACUAAUCAGAAAGCGGCGACAUGAUGAAUAUCAUAGAACGUUUCUGCAAAAAAUGGAGGAGAGUAAAAAGCAAGAAGAAUGUCUUCACGUUCAAAAGCAUAAGCUUAAGUUGCAAAUACAGGCGGAUCUAAGCAGCUUACACCAGCGUAUUACUAACAAAAAUCGUGAAUUGCAAGAACGGGCAUGGCAAUGUCAACGACAACAACAGCUUCUUCACCAACAGCACCAGCAACAGGAGCUCGCAUACAGGCAACACCAACAGCACCAGCAUCAACAGCAGCUGCAUCAACAUUUUCUUCGGCAUCUGCAGCCGCCACGCAGGCCACCGCUAAUGCAACCACCCCCAAUCCCACCACAAUCAGUUUAUCAUCCACAUUGCAUUGAAACACCAGUGGCACAAAGCUUUGACGAAUGCAUUAUGCGACGUCAGCGCUUCAUUGACCCGACACAUCAGCCAUUUCAGCAAUCCAGAGCGAAUGUUGCCAUAAAUCCAAGUAGGGGUUACUACGACCAUUUGACAGUCAGGAGCGAUAUUCCGCACUUUACACUGCCUGAGUUGCCAAUCGCAAGUGGCACGACUCAAGUGAAUCGAGCGAUUGAGCAAACUGCAAUUACGUCCAUUAUAAGCAACUACGUCACAAAUUUUUUGAAUGAUACGGAAACAACGCAUCGAUAGAUCAGUCUGGAAAGAAGAAUGCUAUUUGUGAUCUUUUACUUGCUCUUACUUAAGAUAUUAAUAGGAAUUUUAAAUGAAUAAUUCUCAAUUAGUA